AAACGGAUUUCCUUUGGAGGAAGUUGCAACUUCACGACCUAUGGUGAUAUGAAAUUGUGGGUUGCGUGUUACGUCCAGGCGACCACACAGAAAUAACGAGUUCUACUUACAACAUGGCUCCAUAUAACUCGUCAAUGAAAGUUUUUUGAACCUGAUGUAGUUAACACUCCAAAGAGAGGUCAGUGACAAUUAGUUAUGGGUUCUGGAAGUUCUAUUACGAAAAAAGUGAUCGUAGACGACGAAUUUAGUGAAGGAGAUUCCAUGGUGACCAAGAAUAUUCCCAUCGAAUGUCCGCCUGGACGAAAAACUACAUCACUUAAACCAAGUGGUUCGAUUGGCAAGAAAAAGAGUCGGAGAAGCACAAAGGCAAAACCAGUAAUAAAAAGCUUUAGUCUCCGCUCUGCUUUUUCUGUGGAGCUAGAAAGAGAAGCUGAUGAACUCCGUAAAGAACUUGAAAUUUACCGACAGAAUAAAGCAACAGAAAUUGCCGAACUUGAAGUUCGGAAGGAGAAAUUGCAUAGCGAUAACCAGCGGCUUCGUGGCGAGAUUAAAGCUUUACAAGCCACUUGUUUAAAGUUAAAGAACGAAAGGGCUAUGGCAUUGGAAGGAAGGGAUCAAGCGCUUCAGAGAGCAGCAGCAUUUGAGAAAGGUAAGACAAAACUCUGUAUGUGCUCCAAUUCAGAUUUGUCUUACUUUACCAUCGUGCAGCUGUGUUUACAUCCGCUUACGAGCUUGUCAAGGAAUCUAUGAAUUAACUGGUUGAAUCGUGAUCGAGCACACAUACAAAAUAUUCAAAUACUUAGAUUUAUGUUGGCAUUUUGUGUUAUAAAUAAUUGAUUUUGUCGUAGUUACUGUGAGCGAGACAAGGGACAAACAUGCCCAAGAUUAAGGUCUGCAGUUCAAGUUACUAAUUGUGAAUCGCGACAAUUUCUUUGUCCUUGAUCGUUGACCAUCACUUGGCUAACCAAGAACUUGAAACUUUCUAUUGAUAGUUAAUUUGAUUACUCAAGCAUUUUCCACAACAUUUCCGUUCAUGAUAAUGUCCCUGAUUUUUUUUUAAUGCUUGUGGCGGAUAUUGAGGAAGUUAAGUAAUAUAAUUACUCUCAGGUUUUCCUUUGGGUUUGCGAUCAUUACUCUGUGUUUGGUAAAUUCAAUGUUGCUUGACCUAAGAAUACAGAUCAUUUCAGGGGUAGCCAUGUGCAAAAUCUAGAAAUGCGUACAAUCUAUGCUUGCUUCCAUGGGGAAAAUGUCCGUCUAAAGGUAAGCAGCAGUGCCCAUAUCAGGCAGCAGUAUUGGAUUUUUAUCUUGUGGGAAUGUACAUAUCAGACCACAGAAGUUUAUAAACUUUGUCAGCAGACCUUCUAUCAGUUUCUGAUUUUGUAUUUCCACAAUUUAUUGGAACAAAAAACAAAAAAUGACAAACUGGCCAGAAUCAGCUGCAGUUUUGACAGUAGGUUUUCUAGAGAAUUAUUUGAGGAAAAAUGUUUUUAAGGACAUGUUGCACUGCAAUCUUAACACAAACUGUUUUUUUUUUCUUUUUUGACCGGGAUGCUUGCAUUGUAACUUUACAUAACCCACACUCUUACACUUUUUGUGCUUCUUGUAGUUAAUUUGCUUUAAUCACACCUUAUUUCCUACACUCAGUUCCUGAAGUUUUUAGAUCUUCAAGAUCCAGCUUCCCCUUUUAUUAUCUAACUGCACAAAGUAACAUACAAAUAACCUGCAAAUGAAGUACAGAUAUCUUGUGAUAUUGAGUGGUUAUUUGGACACUUGGUUAUUUUGUGCUGUAAAAAAACAUGUUUAAUCAGUUAGCUGUGCACACUAGGCUUCUUGCUUUGCUUUUCCUACCCUUUGAGAAAUUAGUUGAAAGACUUAGCAGAAAAAAAAAGCAAUCAGAUAAUAAAUAACUUAUUAGAUAUUUUUGUGUGUAGUAUUGCUGAGUAUUUUUAAAGUUUUGUUGUAUUUUGACGAGCCCAUAGGGCUCAUCAAAAUACAAACAACAAGUGAAAAUACUCAAUAAUACUACUUUCCAAAAUGUCUAAUAAGUUAUACUGAUUUAUCUCCUCUACAAAUGGUUUUAAAGCAUAAUGUUUUUGGGAUACCAUUCCAAUGUAAUAGUAGUUUAAGAACUUUUUCUUUUGUUUGUUAAUCUAAUUCUUUGAUUUAAUUAGAAACUUCUAGAUACUGUUAGUAGCUUCUUAAGUGCAUCAGAAGAAUUUCCAUUUCUUGUUCAGACAUUGUUAUUGUCUCUUUUCGUGAUCAUCUCCCCAGUAUGUGGGCAAUUUACCUCAGGAAAUGUUUUGUGUUUGUGGCUGUGUCUAUGAAGAUGACAAUUAUAAUAAUCUUGUUAAGAAGGCUUACAAAUAAAAGUGUUUGAAUAGUUGAAAUAGCCACAGAAAUGUACAGACUUAUCAAAAUAUAUCAGCGUUCACAAUCUGGUGGAUGGCUAAUCAAUUUAAGGUUCAUGUGGUCACGGAAUUCAGUCCAAGUAACUUUGAUGUGAUUCAGAGUUACAUUAGAUUUGUAAUUUGUGACUUAUCGCUCAAUGCAGGUCUGUGCAGCCUUUUUUAGAGCAACCCAGCCAUCAAAUGAUUCAGGAUCUUAAGAUCAGCAGCAUUUUUGGUGGCAUCUCAUAAUUUGUCAUUUUAAUUCCAUCCAACCAUCUCCUUUGGGAGAUAUUUCUUUGAUGACGCAAAAGAAAUGAUCAAGUCUUUGUGUAUAUUUCUUAUAGGAAUAUUCUGACAAUGGACAGGUCUAAAUUACUUUUUGAAAUAUUUGUCAUUAGAAACCAUUUCUAUGGUACAGAAGAGGUGUAUGUUAUGUAGAUGUCGUGUCUCUGGUUUAUGUUGGAAUUGAGUACAACUCUAGAGUAGUGGUGGCCUUUAAUGAUGUUGUCACCAUGUUAGUCAUGAGGUUAACAUCUGAGUGUUAAAAUAAUAAAUUAAUAGUGUUAGUUUUAUUAGCAAGGCUAGAAUAAACAUUGUUUACUUAAUCCAAUAGCAGUGUGCAUGAUCAAGUUCUGAUUUAAGCUCAAUUGUGGCUUGAGAGUUGUUUUUUUUUGGCUCCAAAAUAGUGUGGGACAAUUGUAAUUUAAUGCAACAGAUUUUGACCAAGAUUUAAAAAUCUGUCAGUGAACAUAUUGAUUACAGUCUGUCAGUUUUUGACAUUAAUCCUUUGAUGGCUUAGAGUGACUGGUAUGUACAUACAACUUCUCCUUACAAUAUCACCCCUUAAACACACACUAUGUUUGUGAUUGUUGAAGAAACUCUCCAUGUCAGUGUCUUUGGAGGUGUAUGGAGAACAGUACAGAGAAUAUCAAUACUGAUGUUAGGUUUUAAAGGGUUACGUUAAUGAUUGUGACUUGAAGACUUCAAAAUAAGAAACAUUUCAAGUUGUUAAUGUAAACAUGCAAAUAAUUUACCAAACUUGACUGUGUGCCAAAAAGAACAAAUUGGGCAGAUUUCACAAAAGAGAUACUGUGAAAUCUUUCUGGUCCAACAAAGCAUGAGGUGCUUAGACAAUAAAUUAAAAGUGAAAAAAAACAAUGAUCUGUGAUUCAUAGCCUGGAAGAGAACAGGGAGUGAGAUAUUUAUUAAAUAUCUUCCAUCACACACUGUUGGGUUUGGAAAAUGAUUGGGUGUAAGGGAGAGCUGACAAAAAUGACUGAUGCAUGUCUAAACCAAAGUUAAAACCAAGCAAAGGUGAAAAAAACAAUUUCAGCAGCAAAGACAAUUCUAAAUUUAAGCAUGCAGAAUGAUAGGUGUAGCCAGCCAGACUGCUUACUGAUUGCUGUAAGCAUAGAAAUGUAGAGAUUUGUAAAAUGAUAACAAUGAAUGCUUAAUAUGGUCUUUGUUAGAAAGGGACAAAGUUCAGCGACAGUUCAAGAUCUUCAGGGAAUCCAGAGAACGUGAAAUACAAGAUGUACUGCAAGCAAAGCGUGACCUUGAGCUUCAGUUUCAGCAGUGUCUAUCAGUGUGGUCACGAGAUGAAAACAGGUCAGAAGUUGUAGGCAACAUGGCCACAGACUGGUGGGCGUCAUCUCUGGAGAGUGACCCAAGCAUUGAUAGUUUAACACAUGUGACAUCUUUUCGGGGACCCGAAUUCUUUCACAGUCCAUUGGAGAAAGAAGGACCUUUUACCAACAUCAGUAGAGGUAUGAUAUCAAGGAACCCUUUAACCCCUAAGAGUGACCAGGUUCAAAUUUCUUCUAACAGGUUAAGCCCUGAAUCAAACAUUCUUUAAGGUCAAGAGAAAACAGGGUGUGGCUAUCUCUAAUGAAAAACAAAUUAUCCUGUCUUGUCUAGUGUCUUGCAAAUGCAUUGAACUGAGGACUAAUAUCACUAAAUCUGUAGUAUAGUUCACUAACCUUUAACCCUCCAGAUCACUUAUCUUUCAAGACCAAGACAACUCUUAGUCUUAUGGAACUUUUCACCUUGAUUAAAUUUCAAUUCAGAUGACUGGAAUGCAGUAGUGCCCUCAGUUCUGCAGCUUGCAUCGUUAAGUCUCCAAGCUCCAGUCCAGCAGCAAACAAUCAAAAUGUACAUAUCUGCACCAAGUGGCAUGCAACAGGAAGUUGAUCUUUUCAAGCAGGUAAGUGCACUAGGUACAUUUGCCAAAAAAUGUGCUUCCUUUUUCUGGCCCUUUGACCUCCUAACAGUGACUAGCUAGCAUCUUAUUCCUCCUUUCAAUAUCACCCCUGGAACAAACAUUAAUGUCACAAGGGUAAAGGAAAUAAAUUAAAUCACUAACUAAAUAACCCCUUGAUUUUAAAUAAAUUCUCCUUUUCAGCACCUCAGGAAAUAUAUCUUUGCAGAACAGUAUGAGGAAUGUGCAUACUGAUGUUAAAUUCUCAGGAUUCUCCAGUGUGACCUUACAGGUUAAAGCCUAUCUUACCAUGAAUAAGGAGCAAGACAUGUAAACAAAAAUCAGAGGGGAUAGGUUUGCAGACUUAUGAAUGAUUUAAUUUUUUUUUACAGUUAUAUAUUCCCAGGCUUGAGUGGCUUUGUGAAAGUCAUGGAAAGUUCCUGGCAGUUGUCCAUUUUGAAGACACAGAGGAAGACUUAAACGAAGAGGUACUAUUUCUGUCAUUAAUAGUAAUAACAAUGAGAAAUUGUUGGAUCAAUCUGUGCAAGCUUACCCAAAAUUAAACCUAACUCAUUAUCAGGUGACUGUUAUUGGAUUAGGGGAGGGGAAGAUGUGCUUUUGCUCAGAUACUAUCUUUGAUCAUAUUAUUUUUAAUUCAAUAACUGCUGUUAGAGCAUUAACUACUAACACUGUGAAUAUAGGUUAACAAAGUCAAGAAAUCAUCAGUCUGUAACCCAAUGAAUCCUCUUGGCAGCUUUCUAAAUUACUUUGAAAAUAAUCGAGUACUGUGAUAUUUAGAGGAAGCUAUUGAAUGUUUUCUUUUAAAGGAUAUAACGGCAAUGGUCCAGAUGAGAAGAAAGCAAAUAAAGGAGAGUAAGGUGUUUGUUGCAUUUUUGGGUGGAAAAUCAAACAGGUUUGUCUAAAGAUUUGUUUCUUUUCAUUGCAGUAUCAAGCUCAAAAUUUGCCAUCGUAAUAAUUCUAUCUUUUCACAUGAGGCUUUCAACAUUGUUCAUCUUAGCUGUAUGCAGGGCUAUUGUUGCUUAUUAACCCUUUUGUUUUCAAGAUCUCAUUAGAAAUUCUCCUUUCAAUGUGCUAUACAAUUCUUAUGAUGUUAGCUACAAGAAGUUGGUUUUGGAUCAACUAAUAAUUCCUUUUCUUUAUUCUCAUCACUUGUCUUCUUGAAAUUGUAUUAAUGUUGAAAGGAGAAAUUCUACCUCAGUCACUCAAGGGAGUGAAAGGCUUAAAAUUAUAGCAAUUGCUCAACUCACCUUAGAGUUCUCUGAAGCUCAAUGGUUGAAAAUUGUCAAAGCAUGGAUUCAAAGGUCUGAGAUUCAGUUCCUCAUGGGAAUUUAGAUGUCUUCCUUAAUUGUUCCAUGGUUGUGUUUUAAGUCCUAAACCUGAACCAUGAGUUUUUCAAUUGGGUCUUCUUAUUCAUUUUCAACCCCACAGAAAAGGCAUUUUCAACCCCCAUGUUUGAAAAGUGUACUGCAGUCCUCAGAAAUAAGAAAUGACUCGGUGCCCAAGUGAUUCACAUUCACAUUCACACACUUCUCCCUACAAUAUCUGUCCACUAUUUAGCAAACUGGUAAUGAGAGUAUUCAAAUGUAUCCAGUAGAAUUUGUUUUCUUGAUCUAACACCAAAUUCUUGCUACUAAUUUACAAGGAAAUGUGUAGCAGCUGGAUGGGAGAAUUAACAAUCAGAUCCUGGGAGUUAAGAGGUUAUUGGCUGACAUUCUCCUCUGGUUUUGAACUCAAACAAGUAUUUAAUCAACUUGCAUUUUGUUUUCUCAGUUUUACUUAUGAAGAAUUUCACCAAGCACACUUGAGUAACCCUGGCAAAUGCCAUCCUAUCUUCUGUUUCAAAGACCCAGACUGGGAUAAGUAAGUGAAAUAUGUUUGACUUACUUGUUGAAGAUAUGUGAGAGACACAGGCACCUGGUACUGUGCUGGACUGACCACAGUAGGGGAUACAGUAGGAGGAUGUGGAUGGGAGGGGGUGGGGGAGAAGGGGGUUGGUAACCACAUAUGAAGUUGGGGUCGGGGUUGGUUAUGGGUUAGUCUAGAAGACAUACCUCUGGAACAACCCCCCUUCCUUCCUCUAUCAAAUUCCUGGAUGUGCUCCCGAACUUGUGUCAUGUCUGAAGGCUGAUGAAUGGAAAUUCUGACUGAACAGAUUGUCUUCUAUACAAUGUGAAAACUGUGUGUCUUAAGUAAAAAAAGAAUCCUUGUUUAUUGUGAAAUACAUGGUUAACCCAAACUGUAUAUGAAUGUAUUUGAACAUGCUACAAUUAUGUGAAAUGAAUGCUAUAAACAAACAGAAAAAUUUGAGUUGUAACAUCUAGAAUGAGGUAGCUCUAAAAUUGUGUUACGUUUUCUUUGUGAUUAUUUUUCUGUGUAAAUUUUCUUCAGUGAUCCAUCUCUUAAAGAUGAAAGUAUUUUUCUGGCAGAGCAGUUGAAGACAGAAAUCAGAAAAACAGAUGAUAUGAAGGUACUGUAAUUAGAAAUUAUGGUUACUCAGGUGAAUUCAGUUCCACUGAAAAUUUUUACAGUAAUGAGUCAUCUGAUGUGUGUAAUAAACACCUUCUUUCAGGUUUUCUAUAAUUUCUUUUCUAUGAAACCUUGUCUUUUAGAAUACACCUCUAUUUAAUCAUGAUGUUGUUGCAAUUUUUGUUAUUGUAGCUGUUUGACAAUUACAAGACAUCAGAAAAAGGAGUAGAGCUUGCAUACAGGGAACUUAAGAAAUUCUUAGCAAAGGUGAGGUAAACAUAGCAACGAAGGACACAAAACACUGAACAAAAAGUCUCCCUGUGCUUUUCAUUUGCUUUGUUUGUACUGCUUCCAAAACGAGUCAAUGUUGCAACUAAUUUUAUACCCCUCUGAUGUAAUUCUGUCCUAGGAGAAGGUUUGUGAUCAAAGACCAAAACAACAGAAUGCUGGAAAUUAUUUCUGAGAGACUUUCAAAUUUCACAUUUAUCUGGGGGCAGACCCCCAGACCCACUCUAGAUGGGCUUGUUGCUCUGUUAUUCAGCUGCCUACUCUUUUCAGAUCAUUCAAUUCUAUUACAUAUUUUAAUGAUAACACUGGCAAUGGCAACUUAUGCUUUUGAAAAAUUCCUUUAAGUGCUCCUGUGAUAACUGGUUAGCCUUAGUUACAGACCCUAUCCCUGCAUACAGAGGAUUUUCUUUGAUAAAAGCUUUGCCUCAAUACUUCUUCUUUCCCUCAGGAACUUGGCUUAUUUGAUGACCAUUCAUCACCUGUUGAUGCUCACUUCCUUGAUGGUUCUUCUUGGGAUAUGGCAGAGGACUGGGAGCAAGUUGAAACAUUGAAGGCUGCUGCAGAAUGCUCCUGUGAAAUGGGGCUCAGUAAAGUAUGUUGAGGUUUGGUACAUGUACUUGUAAGUAUCAAGCUUCAACUAAAAAGAAAUUCCCACCCCACCAGUCAGCUAACUGAUGCGAAAUCCAAAUACUCUGUCACUACAAAUAAAUUUCCAUGGCUCAGCAGAAGAAGUGUCAACUCCUUUACUUGUAGAAGUAAUUGAUCUGUGACUCUUUCAUACAGCAGCAAAACAUUAUCCAUCACAUACAUGUGGGCAUCAUUCUCCCUAAUUUAAAGCAUGAUAAGUAAAAGAAGAAAUCCUUUUACAAGUUGAAUGUUCAAGAAUUCCAAGCAAUUUUAGAUGGAAAGUAAGAGCUACUACAGGCGGUAAAUUUUACUAGUUACAGUGUGAAUUACUCCUUCAUUAAUUACACUCAUUUGAUUGCAAUAGUAUCUGUCAUAAUUUAUGACAUUAUAAUUAUUACUGCCAGUUCUAUAGCGACCUCAAUGAACAUGUGUCCAGCGCAGGACUCAAAGCUCCAAUGCUUGUAAAAGGCGAUGCUGGGUUUGGAAAAUCACUUCUCUUGGCAAAGUGGUAGGUAACUUUGUGUUACAAUCAGUCAGCCAUUCUAUUUUAUGCAAAGCUGUAGUUUAAAUAGGAAGAAGCAUGACCAGGCUUUAGUUGAUGAUCAUUUCCUUAAUUCUCCUGACCUUCAUGUGUGAUUCAGGGGUGAUAUUGUAAGGAGAAAUUAGAUGGUAGUCACUCUAAGGGUUCAAAGGGUUUAUUAUAGAACAUGCUCUCCCAGGGGUUUGGUGUUAUGCAAUUUUGUGAAAUACAUGAUUAAAAGUUUCUAAUAUUUAGAUUCAUGCAUUCUAAUUGCAAAAGGACCUGAAGAGAAGUUUACUGUAUGUUUGGAUCAACUUGGUGGUCUCUACUGACUGUUUUUUGGAAUGAAGUAAUUUCCUUCAAUUCUUUGGUUUUAAUCUUUACACACACAUCCUCUUUUCCAUUCAAGAGUUGCCCCAGAGAGUUCUUUGGUUCCCUCUCUGUAGUCACUGUGAUGUGAAAGUAGUAAUUAGUGGACUGACAAUGUUUUAACAGUUUCUUCGUUUUCAUUCAUUCAGGAUAGCUCUGCAACAAAGCAGUUUGUCUGGACGGCUGGUGCUUUAUCACUUUGUUGGAUCAUCUUCAUCAUCCAGUGCUAAUUCAAUUCUGAUGAUACGAAGGUUUACUCUGCAGGUAAAGUGUGGUGAAGUGCAUGAUCACUUGAUAUUUUGUGGCAUAUUAAAAUAAACUUUGUUUUCUGUGUGUAAGUGUGGUGGAUUUCUUGCAAACCAUUUAUUUGGCAUCCAAAAGUUUUUUGAAAUUUGUUCUCAAACAAAGUGGCAUCAUUACCAUCGUCAUCAUCAUUGCAUCUUAACCCUUAAACUCCCAGCAGUGAUCAACAUGCAACUUCUCCCAAUAACAUCCAUACAUUACAUAGCAAACAGGUAAUGAGAAUUCUUAGUCUUAUCAGGUAGAAUUUUUCAUCUUGAUCUACUGUAACACCAAAUUCUUGCAACCAAUUUACUCAGAAAUGUGUAGCAGCUAGAGGGGAGAAUUAACAAUCAGAUCUCGAGAGAUAAAGGGUUAAGUAAUGGUGUCAUGGUUAUUGCAAAGACUAUGCUUUCAGGAAAACUGCUUUUUAUUAUUCUGAAUAAAUUCGAAACUUACUUUGAAAAAUUUUAAGGAAACAUCUCACAAUCAGCUCUUCUUUUGCUUAACAAUAAUUUUGUAAUAGUUUUUUUUUUCUAUAAACAUCUUAGUUGAUGAAGCAGUUGGCAUCAUCACGUGCAGUGCCAUGUGACCCAGGUCACUUGGAAGAGGAGUUUCCACGGUGGCUGGAGAGAGCUGCAUCCAAAGUCCAUGGUGGUAUCACCAUAGUAAUCGAUUCAGCUGAUAAACUACAAGUAUGAAAAUAUUUGUGUGUUAGCAUUGCAUGCUUUUCUUCAGUAGGUUGUUGGAUGUUAAAUUACUGUCUCAAGUGAGGCCUUAACCCUUAAAACCCCAAGAGUGACCAGUAUCUAAUUUCUCCUUACUUUAUUACUGCUGAAUCACUCAUUACAGUCCUGAGAAUACAGGAAAUGAUUGCCAAACCGAGAAAUUGUGUGGUGAAUUCUCCUUGUCAGUAACAAGGGACAUUUGUAGAGAAGAGGAUGGAGAAUAAUGGAUACUGAUGUUAGGGUGUAAAGGGUUAAACUACAAGUUUUGGUCAUUAACCUUACACACUGUCCUUGAUCAAUGGCAUCAAUUAGGUAUUUGAAAACUUGCCACUGUAAUUGAUCAAUUACAGUUAGUAUAGGACCUCACUUUAAACAAUAGCAUGUCAGUUAUCAAAGAUUGCUUCCAGUGUAAUACGUAGAAGAGCUGGCCAGAUUGAUAUGGAUAAAUUGAAGAUUGAAAGGUAGGAGGCUUAAAAUAGUUGAUGAUGCUUUAGUUAUUUUGUAAAGAGUUUUAAGACCACUUUGUCAUUUUAUGCUUCAUCAGGGUGCACCUUGUCAUAUGAAGUGGUUGUUGGAUCCUUUGCCUGUUGGUGCAAGAGUUAUUUUAUCCGUCACAGAAAGCACUUGUCCUCCAGCAUGGAGGUCAGCCUGUUGUUCUAAUUAAGAGGAAAAAACCCUUUAACCCUCAUUACACUCUCAGAAGUUGACAAAAUGUAUUUUUUUUCUUACAAUAAUUAUCAAUACUUUUUUAAGGGUAUUGAAAAGAAAAAAGAGCAUGUUUACAUGAUCCCUUAUAAAUCUGUCUGAGAGUGUUUCUUGAUAUUUGAUUGUUUUGACUGUAGGCCAUGGUCAUCACUGGAACUUCAGCCUUUGGAUUUCAAAGGCAGUGUUGAAUUGCUUGCUUCUUCUUUAAACAAGCAUGCAGUGAAUAUACCUCAAGAACAGGUAGGAAAACGCAUUAGUAUUGGUCGAAACAGGGGCAUUUGUUUCCACUUUGGGGAUGUUUUGUCAGGUUUUAACUAAUUUUGGUCCACCAUGAUUGCUACAUCAUUUUCAUUAUCAUAAUCCUUUUCUUUAAACGUCAGUGUCAUUGUAAUUAUCAUUUCAUUAUCAUUUUCAGAGUCAUUUUUUGAAUAAUAAUAAUUUUAUUAGAUGUUUUAAUACUAGUACUAACAAUAGUAACUCUUCAAUUCUGCAUUAACCUUCAAUAUGCAUAUUCUCCAUACUACUCUUUCCACAUUUCCUAAAGUGCUGACAAGGAGAAUUUGUUUUCUAAUUGAAAGCUUCUUUUAUUGUUGAUCAUUUCCAUUAAUCUCAUGACCUUAACAUGUGAUUCAGAGGCGAUAUUUGAUGUUAGUCACUUUUAGGGAUUAAAGAGUUAGUUUGGUAAAACAUUCAGCAAAAUCACUACACAAUAUAAACAACAGUAAUGAUUAAAAUAAUAACCAUUUUAAAAAUAUUGUAAUACUAAUAUUUAUGAUAAAAAUUUUAGUCAGAUAAUCUAUGGCUAGAAAUUAAAUUAAAGUUUAAAACUAUGCUUAAUAAUUGUUCAAAAGCUGAUAAAAUCUAAAAUUUCUAAAUCAAAUUGCUUCCUCUGUUGUCUUGAUGCCAAAAUCAGCGUUCCUUUGAAUGCAGGGGACUCUCCUCAUUGACUCUCCUCAUUCCUUUUCUUUGUCAUUAUCAGUAUUAUUAUCACUGUUAUUAUUAUUAUUGCUAUUAUUGCUAUUAUCUUUCUGGCUAUCAUUAUCAAUAUCAUUUUCAACAGGUCAGCAGAAUGCUUUAUAAUUCCCCUUCUGAAGACAAGUUUAAUCCAAGAUUUCUAACUCUACUAGCUGCAGAGAUGGCUGCGUAAGUAGCAAUCACAAGCACUUUCCUUAUUUGAUUAUUGCAGUGUUUGUUGGUACAAUAACAUGUAAACUCCUUACAAUAGUGUUAAUUUAGAGUAGCUUCAAGAGAAUUUUGUGACUAUAGUUCUUCAGAAACUUACCCCCUUUAUUCAUUGUGUCUUCUAGUUGUGAAGAUAGAAAAGCUCUGUUUGACCACUUUGCAGAUUGUUUAUCCCAAAAGGUUUGUAUUUUAACCCAAUAAUCAAUAUGUUCCUGUGGCACUGAACUUGUUCUGAUUAUUGUUGCUUGAACUGCAGUGUAGUUUUGCUAUGUUGAAAAUUUCUAGACUCACCCCAUCCUGUCCUCCUUACCUCCCAAGGAUUCACAAUUUUCUCAUGAUCUCAAUUGAACUCAUUAAUGCUACAAGCAAUUUAUUUAUUGAUUUAUGAUAUCUUGCAUGUUUGUACCUGAAGUGAUGUUAUCGCAUGACUGGAAUUGGAUAAAUUAGUUCAGCACCUAACAAUAUCACUUGUUACAUGUCACUGAGCAAAGCAAAUUUCAUAGGUUUGAUGUCACCCUAUUCUUCCUGUCACACAACAUUUUCCUUCCCUUGGUUGGGUUGACCAAGCAAUGGCUGCAAAGGAGACAGCUGUCACGCAAGCAUCAAACGUUUUUGUCAGCUUGUAAGCUCUCCUGUUGCAAAGAACCUCAGUCAACCCCCUGCCCCCCCCUGCCCCUGCCCCUGCCCCUGCCCCCCUGCCCCCUGCCCCCCCCCCCCCCCCUGCCCCUGCCCCUGCCCCUGCCCCUGCCCCCUGCCCCCUGCCCCUGCCCCCCCCAUUUCUAGCUUAUUGGAAGGUUCUCCUACAAAAUUGGUGUGCCACAUUAAUUUCUUUUUCCUUAUACAUUAGUUGAGAAUGAAAGAACUUUUAGUGUGAUCAUAGAGUAUUAGGGAACUGUAUGGGAGUGAUAUAAUUCUCUUGCCUUGGUAGAGGCUUAAAAAUGGACGAUGACUUUGCUUAGCCACACCUCUUCUUUCUUUUAGGCACCAUGUAGAAAUUUUUGAAUGUAGCAGCUUGUUUUAUACUCUCUUUCUCGUAGAACACUGUUGGACCUUUUGUGUCAUAUUUUGAGCCGCAUUAAGAAACAAUUCAGUCAUAUUUUGUUUGAAUGGAAGCUGAGAAGGGUGAGUGAAUAUUUAGGUUGGAGAAUACAAAUGCAAACACAACUUAACGUAUUUGUUAACCCUUUGAACGCUUUAGAGUGACCAGCAUCUAAUUUCUCCUCACAAUAUCAUCCCUGAAUUAUACAUUAGGGUCAUGAGAAUAAAAAAUGAUCAUAAACUGGAGAAGGUUUUGAUUGUUAAACAAAUUUUCCUGGUUAGUACCUCGGAAAGGUAUAGAGAACAAUUUAAAACUAAGAAUAUAUCUCAUUGAAUCACAAUACAUCCUGUUGUGUUCUGCCUCAUUCUUUAAGCAUGGCGACAAGGUGGACCUCAGUGGCCCUGCCUUGUGCUGUGUAGUUGCUCCCAAUAUGAAGAGUAAGCAUCCUAAUUUAACGUGAAGGGGAAGAUGUUCCUUUUGAUUCCAAGCAAAAUGUUGCAGCAACUUGUUCCUGCAAUGUGUGAAAAGCAGCACUUGUUAAUUACUAUGUGACUGCCAUAACACUUUGACCCCAAAGGCUGACUAACAUCUAAUUUAAGGGUUGAAGGUCACCAGAAUGAAGGAAAUGAUCACCAACUAAAAAUGCUCUUGAUUGUUAAACAAAUUCUCCAUGUCAGCUUCAUAGCAAACGUAUAGAGAACAGUAUGGAGAAUAUGCAUACUGAUAUAAGGAUGUAAAGGGUUAAAUGACUUUUGAUUGACCAUCAAUUAUUCUUUUCAUCCGUGUUUUCAAAAAGGUUAUGGAAAGAGUAAAUAGGGUUCACCUGAAUGAUAUUUACUGCCUGGGUUUUAAAGAAUAUCUUAUUUUCCUAUCCAGGUAUUUCUUCAUAUCUUUUUGGCUCGUAAUGGGAUCAGUGAGUGUGAGUUAUUGAAGAUUAUACCAAUAAAAUGGACGGAGUGGUUAUUACUGAGUCAAACCUUGCAUCAUAGCUGUAUUGUCGUGACAAGAAUGGGCCUUUUGACCUUUGCAAACAAGCAGGCAAGUAAUGGAGUAAAAAAGGCUUUGAUAGGCUUACGACAAGUGUGGCCAAUUCUGUGCAUUUUAAGCUGAUUAUAGCAAAAACUUUUGUUAAGGACCCUUUACAGACUUCUCGCACACUUGCGGCUCGCAUCACACGAGCAUCGCACAGCUCUAAUUAAAAGUUUGUUACAGGCUAUCAAAGAAAGAAGCUAGUCACUCCUUUUGUUGAGGUAUGCUCAGUAUUUAUGGCCUUACUCGUGGUAAUAAUCAUUAUCUGUGUUAUUUUCAGGUAAUAAGAGCUGUAAAGGAAACGUUUUCAUUUGAAGACAACUCGCAAGAGAUUGAGGAAUCGCAGGAAUCUUUUAUAAAAUUCUUCCAGGAAAAGCUGAGGUAUGACAUCUUUCAUAGUUCCACUUGAGAAAUUUCCGGAUGAAUGUCGAAAAUAAUCCGAAAUUUCAAUAAUUUGCUUUGCUUUACUCUAACGUCUAAAAUCCAAAUCGAACACCAGUGUCUAGUGAAAUUGUUCACUUCUGUUGGAUUUCAGACACUUGUCUCCGAUGUUAGACUUUUAUGUGAACACUUUCAUCCGAUAUCGGACAAUUCUGUCUGAUUUCAGACACUUAAUGAGAGUAUUUCCUAAUAGAUUCUCUGGGGAAAUUUAACGUUAACCAUUAAUUAGCUAAUGUGUGUUUCUACUCAGUGUUAACCAUAUAUGCUGGAGGUUGACUGACGAAUUACUCUGGAGUUUGAAGAAAUCUUGCAAGAAAGAAAAGCUGACAGAAUGUCUUCUGAACCCAAUUGUCUUUAAAGUGUUUUUUGAAAGGUAUGUCUUCGAGGUUUCAUGUUACCUUUCACCAGCCUGUAUUUUCAUUGAUAGAAUGUUAGUGGGCGGGUAGGAAAGAGAAGAGGUUUCAACUAAGUCCUCGGGGGAAAAAAAAGAAGUCGUUAGGACAUUGCCUGUUCUCUCAGAACUAGAACGUAAAAAAAUGGAUUGAAAUAGCAUAAUACUGUGAAACUAAAUUUCACCCUUUACAUCCUAAUAUUUGUAUUAAUAUUCUCCAGACUGUUCUCUUUACAUUUCUAAUGAUAUUUACAAGGAGGAUUUGUUUGACAAUCGGUAGCUUUUUAAAAUUGGUGAUCAUUUCCUUUAUUUUCAUGAGCUUUACAUUUGAUUCAAGGAUGAUACUUAAUGGAGAAAUUAGAAGCCAGUUACUCCUAGAGGGUAAAGGUUUACUACAGAUGAUUAACCACACUUUAUAUAGUUUUUGUGGAGCGGAGAAGAGAAGCGUUUAGACGGAAUUCUGAUAAUUUCCCGUACAUAUAUCGUGAUUUGUUUACUGUUUUUCAUCCCUAGGGGCCGCAUAUCUGAGCUGAUAAGUUAUUGGGAAUACUUGGGAAUUGAUCAGACGUCGCUUGGGAAGAAAUACGUGGAUGUGAUAAAACAGGUGGAAAAUGGUGAGUGAAUGACAUGUCGACUGUUGUUGAGAAAGAGUUAGUUAAAUUGUGUCCUUUAAUGGGGUGAUUUGGUUUUUUCGUUGGUUUCCACAGAGAGCGAACUGACGGAGGAAACUGCUGAGAUAUUUGAGGUCGUUGGUCUGUUUCUGAAAUGCUUGGGGCUUCUCAGUCAGGUUGGUUUAUGAUUACCAGUAAGACUUUUCAAUUAUGAUAACGUGAAAUAUUAAGUGUGUAGAGCGAUCUUAAAUUGACUUUCGAAAGUAAUUCAGGGUUGCGUUGGUUUUGCUUCAAAACACUCUGUGAUUGGUCCAUAAAAUUCGCUCCACUCUUUUAACCAAUCAGAUGCGGAACUAAAUUCAAUCACAUCACGGUCACCCUUGCUUUCCUGCGCUUUUCUUGCCUGUUUUUUCUUCGAUUUCUGAUUGGCGCCUUUAAUUUUCUUCUUUGUCUGAUUGGCCAUUGUCAUUUCUUUGGUUUUGGCUUUAAGACGCCCAGUCGAAGGAUGGUUAUGUAUGAUGAGGAUAAACGCAGGUUCCAAAUUAUGAAAUUGCAAAAUCAAAGCUGAAUUUUUAAGAUGUGCAAACCGUGACGUACUCUCCUUUGCUGUGUAAUGCUCAAUCAGGAGAUCGUAGAUCAUCGACAUCAUCCCGAGGAACGGUCGUGAAGAAGGAGGAGGAGAAUGCUAUUUUUAAUGUGUCACUGAAUUAUUUCCAGGCUGCUCCAUUGCUGCAACGAGCCUUGGAAAUCCGAGAAACGGUGCUCGACCCAGACCACCCGCUUGUGGCUCAAUCUUUGCAUCAUCUUGCUGAUUUGAAUGCGCUGUGGGGAAAGUUCAGGUAACAAAUAUUUGAUUCAUUAAUGAUUCUAAUUUUAUAGGAGGUUCCUUACUUGCUUUAUACAUGAAGUUUUGAUCAUGCAGUCUGGUCUUCGAGGGAAGACUAGUCCUGAAAAGGGCUGUGGUGGGCAAUAGAGACUGACGUUUCUAUAACCUGAGCGGAAGUCGUCAUUAUAGUCACGUGAUGAGUUGUUUGAGGUGUGUUUCGUGAAACCUGAUUGGUCGGUUUUCAUAGUGAUGUCGGUGGCGGUGAGUCUCAGGAAGUUUAAGUCUGUCUUGAUUAGUCAGUUUUCAUCCUUCAGGUUGUUUUUGUGCCGUUCGUUGGUUACAUUUAUUUCGCGAACAAGUCGUUUGUUUGGUGCGGAUAUAGUUAUUGACAACUGUGGAGAGGAGACUUAACAACAUGAAAUGCUCAUGUAUAUUUUUUACUUCCUUUAUAGCCCAGCUGAAGCAUUCUUCAAACAUGCUGUAGAAAUCAAGGAAAAUGCUCUUGGCAGAGAUCACCCUUCUCUUGUUAAGGUAAUCUCCCUUUCACUCGAUUCAUGGGUUUGUGAUUUGCAACGCAGACAAUUAUUGAACUGCAUUCUUUUUUUUUCAGGAUUUAGAAGGUUUGGCUAUUUUGUACAAGAAACAGGAGAAGUGAGUAGUAUUUUGAAUUUUUUCGUAGUUUUAAAAUUUUGUUUUUAAAAAUACAUGAUGUCGAAAGGAGCUGCAGGUUUGCAUUUCAACCUUUUUUUUUUAACCCCACAGACAUGCUAUGGCAGAUUCUCUUCGUAGACAGGCAGAGGGUAUUAAGCAGAAGGCAAACUCAUCAGUAUGUAACAAAGUAUAAUAUUCAUGCGUAGAAUGGCUUUCCGUUCAGGGAUGUAGGGAGGGGUUAAAGGGUGGAGGGGGGGGGGGGGGUGGCGUUCCAAUACCUAUUUUUUGCUGCGUAUCAUUGAAAUAGGGGUACCUGCCUGACAUGUAGGUUACUUGGCUUCUGUGCACCAACGUGAAUUGCAACCUAACGUUCAACAAGGUAAAUCUUGUCUUACUUGUAGGAGUAGUAGUCUACUCUUAUCUUUUCACAUCACCUUCCCGCUUGAAAGCGCGCUGGUCUUUUAAGGAGUAGUUCCUCUUUUGAUAGCCCUCCCUGGGAGUGAAAGAGUUGAUUGGGAUCCAACGUUGUCAGAAAAGAACAUGAACUCCUGUUUGAUGGUUCACUUCAAGGUUUACCCUUUAACCCUUAAGAGUGACUAGCUUCUAAUUUCUCCUUACAAUAGCACACCUGGAUCAAACUUUAAGGUCAUGAGAAUAAAGGAAAUGAUCACCAACUAAAGAAGCUCUUGAUUGUUAAACAAGUGCUCCUUGGCAGCAUCUUAGGAAAUAUGUGGUGAACAGUUUGGAGAAUACGCAUUGUAAUGUUAGGGAGUUGAGAAUUUCUGUGUCUCUUUAGGUUGAUUUGAGUGACUUGAAAAAGAAGACCCUGCAAGUGGAAAAACUCGCUCGUGGGUCACCAAGCGCAGAACUAGCUCGAUCGCUCAAUGAACUUGGGGUCUUGUACUUCCUUCAAAAUAAUCAUGAGUAAGUUUUCUUUGCUCUGACGAUGGGCUAGCGCUCGAAACGCCAGCUUUUGAAUUUCUCUAUGGUGUUAUAUUUACAUUAUCAACUCCGUUGAUUAAACCAAAGAAUCUUUCAAUACACUUCCCCUUUCCCCCCCCCCCCAUGACGCAGCAUACCACAGUUUUUUUUUUUUUUUUUAAGAAACUUAGCCCCUUCAAGUUUUAUUUGAACUGUUUCUUGUUCUGCUUUCACAAAUGUGUUUAGAUUUUUGUUUGGGUAAAAUUUCCAAGUACAAUGCAAUGUGCAAGUAAACGUCGAAAGCCAUGCGUGAAAGCAAUGAUUUUGCUUUAAUUCACCUUGUAAUUGGUGUGAAUAGCGUCUCCCUCUCAACCAAUCAGAUACAAAACAAAGACCAAUAACCUCUUAGUAAUCAGAGUAUUUGUGCGCUUGAGAUGUCCAGUUUAUGCUAUUUUGAUUUUGAGUUCUCAUUGGCUGCCUGUGAUUUUUUCGUUAAUCUCAGUAGCCCUUGUUACUAAUUUGAUUUUGCUGAGUGUGUAUUGUUCUCUUUAUCUGACAGAGCGGCAAGUUCAUUUUUCCAGCGUUCUCUUGAGAUGCGCGAGGCUGUUCUUGGUCCUGAUCACCCGGAUGUGGCCCAAUCUCUGCAUAACUUGGCAGCCUUGUACAAUGAUCAAAAGUUGUAAGUACCAAGUUGUGCGUGCGUGAUUUUUUAAAGGUAAAGUGUGUGUAGAGAUGUUUACGUCUAAAUGAACGCCUUUUUUUUGUAGGACUCUCUUUGUUCCUCGUCCAUCCUUCCUUUUUUUCUUCUUUCCUCGCCCUCAACAUGUUGCUUCUCAGUUCAGUUGGUAGUUGCGUCCAACUAAUUUCUAGGAGGCAUGAGUUCGAAUCCUGUCAAAACCCGAGUUUUUUCAAACUGCCUUCCUGUAAUUUAUCUAAGGGUUGUUUAUUUACUCGGAAUCUCUUCCGAAACUGUUGACAGAUACACCCAAACGUUCAGACAUACUUUAAGAUGAUAUUAUGUUUUCUAAAAGAUUAAUUAUCUAUCCAGGUUUUUCAUGGUGUAACUCUUUUGCGAUUAAUUUCUUCUAGGUAUGAAAAGGCGGAGCCUCUCUAUUCAAGAGCUUAUCAAAUUAGGCUAAAGGUAAGAUUUUACUAACAUGCUGAAACUUUAAGCGAUCGGGUCAUGGUGUUUUUUCUUGAACAAUGCACUUUGCCCUUGGUAGUGUAUAGAUUUGCUGAAUUUGACUGACAGGUUAACAUACUUGCUCUGUUAAAUGAUUUUCAUUCCUUUGCAGGCCUUUCCUUCAAAUCAUGGAAGUGUAGCAUCUACUAUCAAACACUUAGCUGUUCUUUACCGAAAGCAGGUGUGACUGUUGUUCUCUCUUUAGUCUGUAAUGACCUGUGAUAACUUCAAAAGAAGUCUCUCCAUCUUAAUGUCUUUAGUUGCAGUUUUCCAGCUUAAUACACUAAUAUUCUCUCUUACCAUCUCAUCGCUAAUUCACAGACAGUUUCUUGAAACAGAGAAACGGUUUCAUUUAAAAAGAAUCUCUUGUUUUUAUUGUUAGGGUAAAUAUUCUUCAGCGGAGCCGUUAUACAGGUGAGCAUACAAACAUUUAUACGCUUGUAACUAAGUAUUGUAGUGUGAAAACGGGCGCAUGUUUGCACGUUCGCAAGGGAGAGGUUUAUUUGUUAUUGCCCUUAACCAUUUCUGUGUUUACGCUGCAGACAAGACUUGGAAAUCCGAGAGAAGACAUUCGGUAAAUCGCAUCCAAGCGUCGCCACAGCCUUGAACAACCUCGCUGUAGUGUUAUGUCUUCAGGUAUGAUAGUGACUGGCGUAAUAAAGCAUUACUUAAUGCGCUUUUCGCUGUGCGUAUGAUUUGAUGAGCAAUUGUCUAGUACUCUUCUCCUGGAAAAACGCGAGUCAAAAUCACGUGUCAUGUGUUUAAUUUCCGACACGGUAUGUACUAAAGCAAUUUUCAGGUUAAGUAGAGGAUAAUUAGCAUUAUUGACCUUCACUUCGACAAAUGAUUGUGAAUUGUUGCUGAUUUGAUUAACAGGACAGACAGUCAGAAGCAUUACCACUGUAUGAGCGAGCUUUACACAUCUAUGAAGACACACUGGGUGGAUCACACCCACGAGUUGCCGAGACACUUGUGAACCUUGCCAAGCUGUCUUACGACCUGGUAAUUCAAAAGCUUUUUUUUUAAAUAUGUGUGAACUGUCUGACCUCAAAGCACUCCCGCCCAGAAUCUCAUUUAAAUGGUUAUACACUCGGAUUUUAUACACAGACUAGCUGUAGCCCAGUUUCCUAUACAAUUCCCAUGCAACCUCUUUCCGGCCAGACUUUAGUUUGCCCAAGGCUACAAGCAGCCAUGUAGUAUUUUAUUUUUUAUUUAGUAUUGUAACCGCCUUUAUAACGUUGCUUAACUUUCCUGUUUCCAUCAGGGAUCCCCAGAGAAAGCUGCCCAGCUGUAUAAACGAGCAAACGACAUCAGACAGAAUGAACCACAGCCUGGUCUCUCUCCUCGUUCUUCCUGUAGUCAGCUUAGUAACAACUAUUUGCGCAAACACUCCCAGCCGCACGACAGUGUGUCAAGGGUGAUAUCAUUAUCAAAUAGUUGAGGGUUCACCGUUAGAACGUUUCUAUGUCACUUUCUAGAGUAGUGGUCACGAUUCCUUUAUUAGAGAUGUUACAGUUAAAUUUAGCCAAUCAUAGGAAGGAUUUUAACGUUGAGAGCCAAUCAGGUAUAAGUAUUUGCGAUAGUUGUGCGCCAUUUCCCGCGCUUUAUCCAACGCAUCUUCCACAUUGUCUGUCUACACUCUGAUUGGUUUAUUUAAUUGUGUAGGAAGCCUAUCAGAAGCUAUCACGGCCGUGGCUUCGUGCUAUUUCUUUACUUAACAUAAAUUUUUAGUUCAAUUCUUACUUCAAACGUGGAUAACAAUAUUUUAUCUCUGUGUUCGACUCGAGAUGUCACACAUGGUUUUGUUUAACAGUCACAUCUGAUAUUGUAGUCAAAAGUGUCCUGAGAAGCCAGUUACGAAGACUAAAAUCUCAGCGCUAAGAUCUUCACUAGUUGAUUGACUGCGACAUCUCCUUUACUUGGCUGAAAAGGAUAAGGGCACUUUUUGAUUUAGUGUCAGUCGUAAAACAUAAAAUCCAAGGUAAUCACAAUGGCCACUCAGAAGAGAGGAAAAUACCUUUAAAAGCCAAUGAGAACUCAGUCAAAACAACCAAACUUCUUUAAGGGCGGGAAAACGCCAACAACAAAAUCGUAAUGGGUGUUAGUUACACAUCUGUGGCGAGAGAGAGAGAGAGGCGUGAGUUUUCUGGACUAAUCACAGAGAGAAGGAAAGGAAAAACAAGCAAUCACAUUCGGUUACUUUCGACAUUCAAUUGAAAAUUGCCUCUACCUUCCAUAUCAUCCAUACUCAACCAAAUUAUUAACAACCCCCACAUGACAACUUCCUAAAAAAACUAUAGUUAUAAGUAGAUUUUACAAACAUAAGUUGUGGACUUAAUCUUGACUCAAUUGGAAAGAUGUACUGUAGAUUCUUAGCAGUGUGUGCUCUGAAUUCAA